AUGGACCACAUUGAGUGGAUCAAACAGAACAGUGGUUCUAUGCGGGAACCACCAUGUGUGUUUGGGGAUUUAGAAUCAUGCAUCCCGGUGAAAACGUUCGAAUCCUCAGAUGGGUUCUGGACAAAAUUCAAGAAGGUUGAUUCCGCAAAGAUGUACAGAACACAGUACUGUUAUUCCCACAACCGCCAGUGCCCGCUGAACCAGAACAGUGACAUGGAGACAGCAGGCCUCCCAUGUUGGGACUAUUCCUUGGCUGGGAAUCGGCUAUGUGAAGACGGGCCGACGAUUGGGGCUUUUCUCACCCAUGCCAAAGGUCAUGUGGAAUUUGGUACACCCAUCGUCAUUGUGGAAAAUGUAAAGGUACGCAAAGACAAACCGAUGGACUACUCGUUCCUCCUCACGAAAAGGGAAAAGGGUGUCAUCAGAACUCUGAACAAAGAAUAUCAGAAGAGGUGGCCGGAUGGAACGCAGCUUGCACUUUCACCAGAAGAAGACUCUUCGGAAAGUCCCUCAGACACAGAACGGCGACCAAAGUCUGAGAAGCCCCGUCACAACAAGACCCCAAAAGCGAAGUCAGGAGCAGGGAAAUCGGCAAAGGCCAAGGCCAAGACGAAAGCGAUAUCAGACAGUGGUCGAAACAUUGAGACGGAGUACUACAAACAUUCCAGCCUGCAAGAAAUGCCAAACUGCCACUUCCGAUUGUGGCUGUCCACUGCGGAACCCAACAUGCUGAACAGCAUUAAUUUGAAGAAGGUGGAGCGAGAGACCCUGUUCCUGUUGAUGUCCUUCUGCUUUGGAUUUUGGCCGACUGAUCCACCAGUAGAGAGGAAGAAGGAAAAGAUGCUAGAAGAAGUGACGAAAGAAUACGAAAGAAGGGGCAAGCCCAUGGCCUUCACAGGGUGGGGUCCAGAGGAGGUAAGGAGAUUCAUGCUCGAGCACAUGAAGAAGGUCAAAAAGGGAGGGGACAUCGGAUUGUACGCCCGCAUGCUGCCCAAAAGGAAAUCAAGAACUGAACCCGCACCGAUGCCACAAUGGGUGACCAAAGGAAAGAAAGACGAAACCAAAGUCACUGACAAAGGCAAAGAUGAUUCAGAAGAUGAUGAUUCAUCUGGGGAUGGGGUGAGCGAAAGUGAGGAGGAUGACGGUGUGAGUGAUCAGGGAUGGGUUGUCCUGAAAAAGAAACAAAAGUAUUUCCUGCAGCACAAGGCGAGCAAAGAGUCUGUUGAGCUGGGGUCACCAGAAGAGGAGUCCACCUGGGAAGUGAAGCUGGAUGAGGAGGAUGGCAUGGAGUACCUGGUGCAAGAAGGAGCGACGGAGUUUGAAGAAGUAUCAUGCCGAGAAUUCUACAAUGAGGUGAAGGCUGCUGAGAAAAUGAUGAGUAAACCACCACGAACCCGAAAGGGAAAUCCCCGUGCCCCUUUGGUUGGGAUGAAGCCGACAGAAGAGGCAGCAAAUGAUGAAAGCAAAGCUGAUGAUGAUGAUGACUUUGGUGCUGAUGAUUCUGAAGAAGAGCCAGGGAAAGGAGAUUCUGAUGAUGAAGUGCCAGAACCCAUUCCGUAUGUGCAUGUGGAUGAAAAGGACGGUGCCAAGAUGUACCUGAUCUUCCCCAACGAGGUCAAAGAAUUGAAGCUCCCUACCGACAGGUGCACGGACUGGGUAGUCGUGGCAAAGACCGCCAAGGGGGGUGGAAACACAUAUUGGCUGGAAUCAAAGCACAAUGAGAAAGAAGUGCCAAGAGAUUGUCAAGUGUUGUUGCAAGGCAAAAAAGUGAGGGAGAUCAACGACACAGAAAGGCGACAAAAAGCCAUGGCCCUGAAGGAAGACUUCGAGAACAAGAAGAAAAAGGACGAAGCAGCUGAGAAAGAGGAGGCGCAGGAGAAGUACAAGCAAGAACUGAAGCAGAAGAUUGAGAAAGAGAUGCGAGAAGAUCUUAAGAAAGAGCAAGAACGCAAACAGAAAGAGCUCCAGGCAAAACUCGAAGAGAAGCAGAAGAAAGAGCGAGAACAGAAAGCCAGAGAAGAAAAGGAGAAGGAAGACAAACUCAGAGCAGAGAAAGAGGAGAAGGAUGCCAAGGAGAAAGAAGAGGCAGAAUUAGAAAAGAAGAAGCAGAAGGAGAAAAUGCAGAAGGAAUUCGAAGCUCAGAUGAAGAAGGAAAUUGAACAAGAAAUGCGGGCAAAAUUGGAGGCUGAGUUGAAGGCUCAGCUGGAGAAGCCUGGGACUGAAAAGGUAGGGGCAGGAGAACAGCACAAAGACGAGGCAAAGCCAAAGAGUGAUGAAGAUGCGAAGAAAGAGAAGCCGAAGGGAAAGGACGAGAAGAAGGCUGAAAAAGGUGAUGCCAGUUCCAGUACAGGUGGUAAGAAAGGUGAAGCAAAGGACCCGUUUGCCCCGUUUGGGAAUGUAAAGGAGUGGAUGAACGCAGAAGUGAAAGCCAUGAGAAAAAAAGAAAAAGAAUUGUUUUGGGAUAUGGUCAGGAAAAGGGAAAAAAGGGAAGCCAAAGCAAAGUUGAAAGCCACCACCACUGCCCUCCAGGACACCACCGGCAAUUUGGAGCCCAAGCUACCACCUGUGAAUCUGGAUUGA